CAACUACGUUACAUACACCAGCAGCACAUCAUGGAGAAGGUUCGGGCCCAGAUGGCCAAGUGGCGCGAGGAGGUCGAGACGGCCAACGACCGCAUCGAGGAGCUGGAGGCACAGGUCAAGUCUGUGAGCGAGGAGAAGGAGGCUGCGCUCGCCGAGGCGGAGGACGCCCGCCGCAAGCUGCAGCUUUCGCAGGACGAGGCUGAGUCGCUCGAGGCCCGCCUCGCCGAGGCUGAGGACAAGGCUGCCAAGGCUGUCGAGCGUGCCGACCAGGCCGAACAGGCCCGGUCGUCGGCUGAGAACCAGCUGGCGCUUGCCGACGAACAGGGCGGCGAUGUCGGCGAGCAGCUGGCCGCGCAGCGUGACGCUGCUCAGGCCGCCGAGGCCCACGCCGAGGACCUCGAGCGCAAGCUGCGCCGUGCCGAGGAGCAGAUCGAGGAGCUCGAGAACCAGGUCGAGGAUCUGUCCAAGGUCAAGGAUGACCACCACGAGGCCGACAUGCGCGCAGAGAACGCCGAACGCAAGAUCAAGGAUCUCGAGACCCAGCUCGAGGAGAUGGAGGAGAAGGUUGCCGAGGAGAAGGCCAACGCCGAGAAGGCCAAGAACGACCUUGCCGAGACCCUCCGCGAGCUCGGCAUCGAGUAACUCUCGUUGCCCUGCCGUGCGCAUACUGCACCCCAUGGACCCUUCCCCAUUUCCCCUCCUUGUCGAGCUUAAA